AUGUCUGGCCGUGGCAAAGGAGGUAAAGUGAAGGGAAAGGCAAAGUCCCGCUCCAACCGGGCUGGUCUGCAAUUCCCGGUCGGACGUAUCCAUCGUCUGCUGCGUAAAGGAAACUAUGCCGAGCGCGUCGGUGCCGGAGCUCCGGUCUAUCUGGCCGCGGUGAUGGAAUACCUGGCCGCUGAAGUGCUUGAGUUGGCCGGCAACGCCGCUCGUGACAACAAGAAGACGCGCAUCAUCCCGCGUCAUCUGCAGCUGGCCAUCCGCAACGACGAGGAGCUGAACAAGCUGCUGUCGGGCGUCACCAUUGCCCAGGGUGGCGUGCUGCCCAACAUCCAGGCCGUGUUGCUGCCGAAGAAGACCGAAAAGAAGGCUUAA